UCAGUAUACCACACUCGCAAUUCGAAUUUCGAAAACUCAUAUCUUUCUGUUUAAACGGCGUCUUGAUAAACGCCGCUCUUCUCCUCUUUGAAAUUUGAAUUUUUAGGGUUUCGGUGAAAAUGAGAGAGUGCAUUUCGAUCCACAUUGGUCAGGCUGGUAUUCAGGUCGGAAAUGCCUGCUGGGAACUUUACUGCCUCGAGCACGGCAUUCAGCCUGAUGGCCAGAUGCCAGGUGACAAGACUGUUGGAGGGGGUGAUGAUGCAUUCAACACCUUCUUCAGCGAAACUGGAGCUGGAAAGCAUGUACCCCGGGCUGUUUUUGUAGAUCUUGAGCCCACUGUCAUUGAUGAAGUGAGGACAGGAACAUACCGACAGCUCUUUCACCCUGAACAACUCAUAAGUGGCAAGGAAGAUGCAGCCAACAAUUUUGCCCGUGGCCACUAUACCAUUGGGAAAGAGAUUGUUGAUCUUUGCUUGGAUCGCAUACGAAAGCUUGCAGACAACUGUACUGGUCUUCAAGGGUUCCUGGUCUUCAAUGCUGUUGGUGGUGGUACUGGUUCAGGUCUGGGGUCGCUUCUUCUGGAGCGUCUCUCUGUUGACUAUGGAAAGAAGUCAAAACUUGGUUUCACAAUAUAUCCUUCACCACAAGUCUCAACUUCUGUUGUUGAGCCUUACAACAGUGUCCUGUCAACUCAUUCCCUCCUUGAGCACACUGAUGUUUCCAUCCUUCUGGACAAUGAAGCCAUUUAUGACAUUUGCAGGCGCUCACUGGACAUUGAGCGCCCUACUUACACCAACCUUAACCGCCUUAUCUCACAGGUUAUCUCUUCACUCACAGCAUCUUUGAGGUUUGAUGGUGCUUUGAAUGUUGAUGUGAAUGAAUUCCAGACCAAUCUUGUGCCAUACCCCAGGAUCCAUUUUAUGCUUUCCUCGUAUGCUCCUGUCAUUUCUGCUGAGAAGGCCUACCAUGAGCAGCUCUCAGUUGCAGAGAUCACCAACAGUGCCUUUGAGCCAUCUUCCAUGAUGGUUAAGUGUGACCCUCGUCAUGGCAAGUACAUGGCGUGCUGUCUCAUGUUCCGUGGUGAUGUGGUGCCAAAGGAUGUUAAUGCUGCUGUGGCCACCAUCAAGACUAAGCGCACCAUCCAAUUCGUUGACUGGUGCCCUACAGGAUUCAAGUGUGGUAUUAACUAUCAGCCACCAACUGUUGUUCCUGGUGGCGACCUUGCUAAGGUGCAGAGGGCUGUUUGCAUGAUUUCCAAUUCAACCAGUGUCGCUGAGGUCUUCUCACGCAUUGACCAUAAGUUUGAUCUGAUGUAUGCCAAGCGUGCUUUUGUCCAUUGGUAUGUUGGUGAGGGCAUGGAGGAAGGUGAAUUCAGUGAAGCACGUGAGGAUCUUGCUGCCUUGGAGAAGGAUUAUGAAGAGGUUGGUGCUGAAGGUGAUGAUGAAGGGGAGGGAGAAGAUGAUGAUGAGUACUGAGCUGUGUUGUAAUAUGUAGAAUGCUUUUCUGCUUUUAUGUUACCAGUUACUGCCUUUAUGAUGCACUAGUAAGACCUUAUAUUUCUUGAGAUUGUUAAAUUCUGCUGUGAUGUUAAAACAUUGGUGUUUGUUUUACUAAGUUCUUUGUUAUGUUUUGCUUUCUCUA